GUUGAUCAAAUAAAGAUGAAAACAAACGAAGGAGGAGAAGGAGGAGCGUUACAAGACGAGAGCAAAGCUGAUGUACUAAGGUAUGAAGAUCUGAAAGAAAGAAGUGGUCAGAUUGCUGAAGAUCAAAUUAAAGUUGAAGAAGACUUGGAUGAUGUUGAGUGUGACCAAGGCGGACAACAGAACACUGAGAACAAUGUUCCAAUAAACACCGUCUACCAAAAAGAUAGAGAGAUCGAAAAUUCGGAGCAAAACGAUGAAGAGAUGGGUAAUAAAGAACAAGACGACGGAGAGUUAAAUAAUGCAGAGCAAAACAAUGGAGAGGUGAAUGAUGCAGAGCAAGGCGAUGGAGAGAUGAAUUCUGCAGAGCAAGACGAUGGAGAGAUAAAUAAUGCAGAGCAAGCCGAUGGAGAGAUGAAUUCUGCAGAGCAAGAAGAUGGAGACAAUACGACUGUGUUGUUAGUGGAAGUAAAUCUAUCAAAAGAAGACGGAUCAUCAGAAGCUGUAACUUUAGAACUUCUAUGCCCCAGCUCUCUCGUGGUUGAAGAAUCAGAGCCUCAGUCUGAAGAAAAAGAGCCUGGACACGAGAGAGAUAAAAGACAAUUCGAAUGCGAUAUUUGCCACAAGAGCUUUAAGCAACGUCAUCAUCUGAAAGCACAUCUCAUGAUUCACACUGGAGAAAAACCGCAUAAAUGUGAGGAGUGUAACAAGGCUUUUAUAAAAAAGCACGACUUGAAACGUCACAUGCAAACUCAUGCGAAAGAAGAAACUCCUGAUUCAAAAUUGGAAGAGGAUUCGAGUAGAAAAAUAUUUCGCUGCGACGAGUGCGACAAAACGUUCGCGCGCAAGAAAGGAUUGGUUGCACAUUCGAUUAUUCACAAAGGGCGACAGUUCACCUGUAGUGUGUGUGAGAAGCGUUUCUACCGCGGCGCUGAUUUGCAACGCCAUGCAUUAAUUCACACUGAUAAAAAACCUCACAAGUGUGACACCUGUGGAGAAGAGUUCCGACAUAGCUUCUUGUUAACCAAUCAUAUGAAACGACACACGGGUGAAAACCUUCUGUUUUGUUCCUUCUGCGAUAAAACAUUUGUUUCGAUUAGCCGUCUUAAACAACAUUUUCGGACACACACGGGGGAGAGGAGUUACAUUUGUGAUGUGUGUGGUGAUAGUUUUGUACAUCACAGCACUUUAAAGUCUCAUAAGCUCUCUCACAGCGAGGUGCAGCCUUACACGUGCGAUGAAUGUGGAAAAUCUUUCAACAGGAAAUCGAACUUGAAAAAACAUUUACGAAUACAUAACGACGAAAAAAUUUAUAAGUGUCACCUCUGCGGAGAAGGGUUUAUGCAUCACAGUACAAUGAAGGCGCAUAUAUUUGUACACGGCGGAGAAGAUCCGUUUUCGUGUAAUUUGUGCGGCAAGACUUUUAAUCGACGUUCGAAUUUAAAAAAACAUCAACGCAUCCACCUCGUUCAAGCCAUUCAAGAGGAGAUCAUAACACCACGUGUCGAACGCGCAUCCGUAGAAGUGAACACAUGUGAAACGGCAGCUAUGCAACUCAUGACAGAAGACGUGGCGGCUUGUCGAGCGAUAAUGAAUGAAGAUGGCGUCGUUGUUGCGGAGGAAUCGGAAAAUAUCCAAGAAGAGGUUGUCAUAUGUUCCGAGUUGGAGAAUCGCACAUGUCCUAUCUGUGAUAAAGUGUUAAAAAACAAGAAUCAUAUGAGACAACAUUUGCUCACACAUACUAGUGAGAAACCGUUCGAGUGUGAAGAAUGCGGUAAGAAGUUUAACCGCAAGUCUAACCUAAGAAAACAUGAGAAAAUACACACAGGUGUGAAACCACAUGGUUGUAAUGUGUGUGGAAAGAGGUUCCUUCUCAUCUACGAUUUGAAUCGCCAUAAGAAAAUACACUAAUUCUAGACUGCCUUGAUUGAUCAAAGUUAUGAUGGAGAUAAGACGGAGCUGCGCAUGCGUGAUAAUCACAACUACCAUGGCUGCUAAAGAAUGACUUUAAUAAACAAAUCUGAGAUCUAUUGUUGCUGCGCAUGCGUGAAGGAUGCUGAAAAGAACGGGAAAUUUUCUCUGUUAUUUCUUGAUGGCGUUUGUAAAUAAUUGAUACUAAGAGUAUUUGUCAUUCACUUUUACUUCUGAAAUUAGUUGCAAAACAAA